GUCACGACCGCCGCGACGCCGUCCGCGUCCGAGGAAAUGGCGGCCACUCCGGCCACCGCGACCUUCCUCCACCUCGGCCUCCGCCCCAAGCCGCUCCGGAGGCCCCGCGCGCGCCGCGUCGCCGUGUCCGUCUCCCCCUCCGGCCCGGACGAGACCCCCGCCGAGGACCCGCCGGUGAUCCCCUCGAUCCUCAUCAAGAACAACGAGCCCGAGGACGUGGCGCGCCGCCGCAGCUGGGUGGAGCACGGGUGGGCGCCGUGGGAGGAGGUGAUGACCCCCGAGGUCGCCUUCGCGCGGCACAGCCUCAACGAGGGCGAGGAGGUGCCGCUCCAGACGCCGGAGUCCGUCGAGGCUUUCCGCAUGCUCACCCCGGCCUACCGCAAGCAGGUGGAGUCCGAGCCCGGGUACAUGGAGCGGCUCUUCGCCACGCGCGACACGCCCGAGCCGCUAGAGACGACGUGGGCCGGCGAGCUCCCGCUCCGGCUCGUGCCGCCGCGGGACUGGCCGCCGCCCGGCUGGGAGGUGGACCCCUACGAGCUGGAGUUCAUCAGGGGGGCGCACAGGGCGGCGUCGGAGAGGGUGGACAUGGAGGCGGCGGCCGCCAAGGGGGUGAGGAACGUGGACAAGGUGGAGGACGCGCCGGAUGAUCUGGCGCUGGAUAGGUACAAGAUGUUCUUGAAGCAGUACAAGGAGUGGGUGGAAGCCAAUCGGGACAGGUUGGAGGAGGAGUCAUACAAGUUUGAUCAGGAUUACUACCCUGGCAGGCGAAAAAGAGGCAAGGACUACAAAGAGGACAUGCUUGAACUCCCAUUCUUCUAUCCUGGACAGAUCUGUUAUGGUCAAGUGACCAGUGUUCACCUAUACCAGGGAGCUUUUGUGGAUAUCGGUUGUGUUCAUGAUGGGUGGGUACCCAUAAAAGGAAAUGAUUGGUAUUGGAUCCGUCAUCACAUCAAACCUGGCAUGAAAGUUUAUCUGGAGCUUCUGGCCAAACGAGAUCCCUACCGCUUUCGCUUCCCACUUGAAAUGCGCUUUGUGUACCCUAACAUUGAUCACCUAAUAUUUAAUAGGUUUGACUUUCCACCGAUAUUUCACCGCAAAGAGGAUACUAACCCAGAGCAGUUGUGGCGUGAGGGUGGAAGGCCACCCAUUCCUAGGAAAAAACCUUCGAAAGAUAUUGAGAGAGAACCUUUGGUAUCAGACCACCCCUUUGUUGAAACGCUUUGGCAGUGGCAUAAUGCAGAGCAGAUGAUUUUGGACCAUGAGGAGGAAAAUCCAGAGAAAUUCAAGGAUAUUACAUAUGAGUCCACAGUAGGUACUUCUGUGGUAACUGAAGAAAAUAGAAUUGAACAUACUGAAGGGCAUUUCAAAGGAAAUCCGCUGAAAAAGGAAGUUGUGAAUAUAGAUAUCAAGGAGCUUGAUCUGGAUGCUGCUCGUGCGGAGCGUCAGAUGAUCAGAAAACUACAAAAGGAAGCAGAGGAAAGAGGAGAGGAAUACAAAAUUGGGAAGCUCCAACGAAACAAAGAAAUGGAUGAGUAUGAUCUGAUGCAAUGGCGCCGUUCUUUUGAAGAACGGGAAACUCUUAUCAGAGACAUAUGCUGCCGUAAAGCGUUUGGUCUUCCUGUCGACGAGCCUGGGCGAUACGACGUGGAUGAGACAGAAGUUUACGGAAAAGAUUACUACGACCCAAGUAAGCCUAUGUACCGCUAUGACUACUGGGGAGAGCCCAAGAACACCGAGAAGACCAAGCUGGAGAGGGAGGUGGAGCUUCACAACCAGCAGAUCAUCGGAGACGCGAAGAAAUGGUGUGAGAUGUCAUAUGAUGACUAUGUUCAGCAGAAGGUGCGGAUGGAAGCUGCUGAAGCCCGGGAAAGGCAGAGGAAGGCAUUGGAGCCACAGGAGGAGGAAGAGGAGUAUGAUGAUGGAAUGGAUCUUGACUUGAAGAAAAUGAUGGAUCCUCAGGCACCACACAAUCGUUAUUACAUCACAAAAUGAUUGGUUAGAGUGUUAGGCACACUAUGGUUUAGGCAUAGCUUCUUUUUUGGGGUGUUGUAUGUGCAGGUUUUGUAGGAGCUUUGACAAUGUCGAUAUCAGAUAGCUUGGCAUAGUUCUGUCUGAAGUGAACUGCUCAAGCCACAAUAGAAACUAGAGGCUGUUGCUGUUCAAAUCUGUAAUUUUGGCAAUUUUACCUAUGGUGGUUCUCUGAGGAAAUAAGAGGAAUGGGAGGUGAAAACAAUGGAAUUUAGCCAACCAUUCAAAGUCA